AUGGCUUCCACGUCCAAGUUCUUCCUUCUCAUAGCUCUUUUGGCCAUGACCAUGCCACUGAUCGCCAGUUCUGGUCGUUUGAUGAACUACCCACGAAUUGGCUCGAACCCCCGGAGCCUUGCAAGCAGGUUGAAUGUGGAUGAAGAAUCAACAAACUGUUGGGACUCUUUGCUCCAAAUCCAUGCAUGCAGUGGUGAAGUUAUGUUGUUUUUCUUCAAUGGUGAGGCUUACUUGGGGCAUAGCUGCUGUGAAGCCAUUCGGACGAUUGAGCAUCAGUGUUGGCCUGCCUUGCUUGGCACGCUAGGGUUUACCAGCAAAGGCUUGUAUAUCUGGGGUGAAACUGUGAUAGGCAACGCUUUACCCUCCCCAACUUUUACGUUUACUUUUACUUCAGGUAAACAUCAUAAUGCCAGUGUAAAAUUGACUAGGGACCGCGGGAAGAAAAAAGAUGGAGGAAGACGGAGGAGAACAACCUCACCAACCGCAUCCGGCGAGCUCCGAUCCACCAUCCACGUGUCCAGACACCACACUCGAUCCUACGGACGAGGACGCCUCCGACGACUCACAACCCCAUCUGAAUCAGACCGAGCUCUCCAAGUCGUCGAGAGGGACUCCCUCGCCAUCGCCGGUAGCUUCACCUCCCUCUUCUCCUCCCUCCGCUCCGCCAUCUCCGAGGUUACUGGCAACUCGGUGGAUCACAUGCGCUGCUUUAGCGACGCCGCCGGCGGGCUUCAAGAAUCCGUGCUUGAUGCCGCUACGAAGGGGAAUCGUUACAUGAAUUCAUGUCUCAGAUUAAAUGAAGAAAUGAAGGGCGUUGAUAAUCUAGCUUUGCAGCUAAAAAUCUUGAGAAGAAAUGUCGAUGCUCUGGACUCCAGAGUGAACAGGCUCCUCCGCCUUCCUUGAUUUCCUACUCACUACUGCCUCGAUAAUGCAUCUGGAUCUUCUCUUCCAAAAUAUUUGCCCAGUUGUGAUUGUUUCUUUGAAAUCACUGUCGUCAUUGUCAGGUCAAAUUUGGAUUUUCAUGAAAUAUUUGAGCACUCAUGAACUCGUCUCCAUGUUGGUGCAAGUUGGUAGACAAUCUUGUAGGUGUAGAAUGCUGAGAGCAUAUCAUUUAUGUGGUAAACAGUUAUCUACGUGGAUAUUCUUUGUAUCUGCUUGGAAUCAAACAUGUUAGUUGUUGUCGUUCUCAAGUUGUAGGCUAAAAUCUUUGUUGCUGUACUGUUUGUAACAUUAGAAUGUCAGAAGGGGAAAUACAAUAUGCAACAUCCAUUUUUCCACUUUUGGGUACAUGGGAUUUGAGUGUAGACCAUUCUU